CAAAGACUAAGUGCCAGUCUCCUUCAGCCAGUGAGAAAUGAAUGUUCCAGAGUAACACAUUCAGCAACAUCCCAAAAGUUUAUGCUGCCACCUUCACAACUCAUAUCCCAGCUCCUGACUCAGAAGUUAUCAAUGUUAUCACAACUGCACAGUUUUCCAAGAGCUGCUCAGGAGUGUGGAGCACCAGCUCCUUUUCCAUACUCUCAUCUUUCCCCCCUUUCCUCUCUCCCACUCAUCCACGAGGAGCAGCUGCAGGAUUCACUUCCAGCCAGAAGGGAAGACAAGCAGACAGCUGUCACGCCGUGAUUCAGCCUUUAAACUGUGGUUUGGAGGGGAAGUUUUGAGCUUUAUUUCCCACUUUGCAGAACAAAGAGCAUCUGUUUUUGACACUUGCAGUUUUGUGCUGAUCUGGGAGGUUGAUUUGCAGCGACAGAUUCCAUGUGGGGAAGCCGAAUUCAAGCAGUCAGUGUAAAAUCUUCUCCUGACGUUUUUCCAUUGGUUAGGUGAAAUUAAAUCCGAAUUAUUUACAGAGAGGCAGAAUGUUUAAAGGAGAAUGAGAGUGAGUGUGAUGUCUCAGGUCCUGUAAGUGGUGUGGCUGGAAGCAUAGAUAGACUGGCUCUGAGUUUUAUUUUGUGGAAUCUGAAGGCAGCCAGUGCCGAAGAAUGAACAGCCUUUGGCUUGGAGAGCGUCCGUGUGUGCCGCAGUAGUGAGGGAUAGAAUGGAUUCUUGGACAGGCUGGGAAUGGAGAGAGCCAAAAGUGAGUCACAUGGGCGACUGCAGACACCACAUUUAAUUGUGUAAGAACUGCAGCAGCACAAUUGGAGCAGCCUCACUGACCUCACAGCUCAACGUGCUAUUUAAGGUCUGGCUCCCAGAUGUUCCAGGAGCACCGAGCCAGAGCCGACCCGCAGCGUUUGACCAGGGAAUAUUUACAGCCUGAGCCUUCCCGGGAGAUGAUUGCACUGAUUCUCUUCUCUGCCCUGCUGUGGGACGAGGCUGGAGCGUGGGGCUUCAAGGAUGGAGUGCUGCACAACUCCAUUUGGUUAGAGCGGGCAGCCGGGGUGUACCACCGGGAAUCCCGCUCCGGGAAGUACCAGCUCACCUACGCCGAGGCCAAGACCGUGUGCGAGUACGAGGGAGGACACCUGGCCACGUACCAGCAGCUGGAGGCGGCCCGGAAAAUAGGUUUCCACGUGUGUGCUGCUGGCUGGAUGGCCAAGGGCAGGGUUGGUUAUCCCAUUGUAAAAGCCGGAGCCAACUGUGGCUUUGGGAGGACUGGAAUUGUUGACUACGGGAUUCGCCUCAACCGGAGCGAGAGAUGGGACGCCUACUGCUACAACCCCAACGGAAAGGAGUGUGGUGGAGUCUUCACAGAUUCCAGGCAUGUUUUUAAGUCACCAGGGUACCCAAAUGAGUAUGAAAACGAGCAGAUUUGCUACUGGCACAUCAGAGUCAAGUAUGGGCAGAGGAUCCACCUGCAGUUCCUGGAGUUUGACGUGGAGGACGACGUCGCUUGUAUGGCGGAUUUCUUGGAAAUCUAUGACAGCUACGAUGAUGUCAAUGGCUUUGUGGGCAGGUUUUGUGGAGAUGAGUUGCCAGAUGACAUCAUCAGCACAGGCAAUGUGAUGACCUUGAAGUUUUUGACAGAUGCCUCAGUCACUGCUGGUGGGUUUCAGAUCAGAUACACUACCAUGGACACGCCUUCCAAGGCAGGUGAUGGAAGGAAUGCAACAUCCCAAGGAAAAACAAACUACUUAUCUGGAAAAUUCGGUGUCAUGUGAGCAGAGGAACCAGAUACACUCGUUAAGAACCCUGUCUUAGAAUGAACCCAAUUCAGAUACCUGUGUCUUCAGAUAAGACAUUUUGUUCAUCUCUUCCUGACUUUUUAUUUUCUGCUUUUCUACGAGUUUUGUUAAUAAACUACAUUAGGAAAUAAAUUAUAAAACACACUUACAUGAAUAAUAGAAAACUAUUUUUAGGAUACAAGUACUGUAAAAAUCUGUUACCAUAGAUUUUAAAAUUAUUUUUGUAUAUAAACUGCUCCUUCCCCUCAUUUCUUGUCCUGUUUGAUCAAAAUUUUUGUGUGACUGUUUCAACUGUUUUAAAAUUUAAUAGGCUGUUCUCUCCUUAUUUUUCUUGAUUUCUACAUAUUUAUUUUUUAGACUGUUGCUUUGGGGUUUUUUCCUGUUCUCCACACAUUACUAUUCAUUUAAUUAACUGAUUUUCUUGAACUCUAAGGGCCUUUAGAAUAAGCUUAUCUUUAAGACACAUAAAUUCGUUUCAUGGACACUGUUGAGAUGUUGGAUAUUGUUUACACGGGUUUAAGACUGUUCUGUUUUAAACUGAUGAACUUAAAUCCUUCUCCACAUGUUUUUAACUUCAGUCUCAAGCAGCAUUAAAGCUACCUCUGUUUUAA